CAUUUUAACAAUAAAAUGCCUGAAUUAGGAAUUAAUGGACAACGGAUAUCUGAGAAUGGCAAUAGUGAAGAAGUUGCUCUUGCAGAAUCUCCUUCAAAUUCACCACCGAUAGAAGUCCAUUUCGAGCCAAUAAUUCAACUUCCUCUAGUUGAGGUAUCAACAAACGAAGAAGAAGAACAUGAAAUGAUAAAAUUGAGAGCAAAGCUGUAUCGUUAUGAUACAACUGAUAGUCCUGCAGAAUGGAAAGAAAGAGGAACUGGUGAAGUUAAACUUCUUAGACACAAAACCAAAAAUACAGUUAGGAUUGUAAUGCGUCGGGAUAAGACAUUAAAAAUAUGUGCAAACCAUUUUGUGUGGCCUUGGAUGGAACUAAAUCCAAACUGUGGCAGUGAUCGUGCUUGGGUAUGGAGUGCUCUUGCUGAUUUUGCAGAUGAGCAACCCAAACCUCAAUUACUUGCAAUUAGAUUUGCUAAUGUAGAAAAUGCAAAAUUGUGGAAAGAGACUUUUGAUAAAGCAAAAAAGAUUGUUGAAUCUGAAUGUGAAGCUUAUUCUGGAAAACCUGAUAUAGAUGAAAGUGAAACUGAGAUUAGUUGCUCUGAUAGUGAAGAAGAAUCAAAAAUUAUAAAACAAGAUACAGAAAUAACUUCUACAAGCUCUAAAAUAGAAGAUAAACAGGAUAAAGUUGAAUUAACAAAAACUUCAGAUGUGACAACAGAUCUUGAAAAUUUAAAAGUUCAAGAACAAAAGUAAAUUUUAUAUUAGAAAAAAAAUUGAUUAGUAAUACUACAGACUAAAAAUUCCAAUACAUGGAAUUAUAACAUUCCUGCCAAUGUGCACAAAUAUUAAAAAAAAGCUAAUGUAAAAUAAAUUAGCAUUUUAAAUGAUUGAUUAAAA